UACGUGUACACACUAAAUAGUGAUACUACUAUGUUUAUUUUGUAUUGGUGAUUGGAUCGGAUCGGAGUGAGGUGAUCAUUGUAAAUAAUUUUGUUUGUGCUUGUAGUGAUUUCCUUUCAUUCUUAAUAUCAAAACAAUUUCAUUUCAUUAAUUCAAAAUGAGUAUGCGACCUGAUGAUCAUCGAAGAAAAUGGGACAAAGACGAAUUCGAAAGAAUUGCUGCGGAAAGACUUCAAGCAGAAUUAGAUGAAGAAGAGCGAUCCAAAAAAAAAGCUCCUCCUGUCAAACGUGAACUUCUAAAACAAAGAGACUACAAAGUAGACUUGGACUCCAAACUUGGCAAGAGUGUAGUUAUCAACAGGAACACACCUACUUCACAAUCGGGAGGAUACUAUUGCAAUGUUUGUGACUGUGUUGUUAAAGACUCUAUCAACUUUUUGGACCACAUCAAUGGAAAGAAACAUCAAAGAAACCUUGGCAUGUCUAUGAAAAUUGAACGAAGCAGCUUGGAGCAGGUUAAAGCCAGAUUUGCACUAAACAAAAGAAAAUUGGAAGAGAAAAAAACUGAGUAUGAACUAGACAGUCGGUUACGUGAGGCUGCAGAAGAGGAAGCUCGUUUGAAAGAGCUCCGUCGCGAGCGACGUCGUGAUAAGAAGCGCAAGUUACAGGACAACGAGGAGGAAGAUGAUGCUCCAGUGCAGUCAGAGUUGGCACAAAUAAUGGGAUUCUCGGGCUUUGGAGGCUCGAAAAAGUAAUCAUUUCUUUUAGGUUACCUUGUAUGUAUGCUUUGUUAAUAAAUUAUAAUAAUUGUAA